CUUGGUUCCAUCACACGUUGUCUACCAUAUUGUCGUUCUUCAUCUAAAGUAUAUGUUCUCGAGAUAUGGCCAGUGAAGAAAGCACAAAUAAUGAUGCUGCGGAGGUCAGUAAUGAACAGAAAGAUGAGAAGACAGAAGAUAACGAAGCUACGACGUCGGAACCCAAAGAAGAUAGCAAUGACACCCAAACCACCGGAAAAGAUAGUAACGAAGACGAGAAAGAAGUGAAGUUGUAUGUUGGAAAUCUUCCAGACCGCUGCAGACGAGCGUCUCUGCAGGAAUUGUUUGAAAAAUACGGAAAGGUUUCACAAUGCGAUAUAGUAAAGAAUUUUGCAUUUGUGCACAUGGUGGGUGAAAAAGGUGCAGAAGAGGCUGUUAAUAAAUUAGAUGAUUCAGAAUUUUCAGGAACUCACAUACAAGUACAAUAUGCAAAAAGUAAAGGGAAGCCAUCUGAGGAUGAGUGCUUUCAGUGUGGUAAACAUGGACAUUGGGCAAGGGAUUGUCCAAAGAGGCGAAGUACGUACAGGUAUGAUGAUCGCCGAGACAGAUACGACUAUCGUGGAUAUGAUUAUGGACCUCCCAGAAGAGGACCAUAUGACCGGCCCCCACCAAGAGGGUAUUAUGACCCCUAUAUGGAUCGACGCCCUCCCCCUAGCAGAGAUUAUUAUAGUGGUUAUGGUAAUUAUUACAGAGGUCGCAGCCCUCCAAGGUCACCUCCAAGAUAUACUGGAGCUUAUGAAGGUUACCCAACACCUCGCGAUGGGUAUGGAACUCGCAGGUACUCUUGCUUUCUUUAUUUAACUUGUCUAUGUUGAUUCUCUUGUGGCAAGUUCUUCCUAAGAAUAAAUGAAAAGGGAAAUGUACAGAAAAAUCUAACUUAAAAUGCACAUGUAUUGGUUUUUUGUUGAAAAUAUUUUGGCUGAAUCACACAAUCUUUUGUUUGUCUUUUGGAGUGUAAAUGGUUACACAGCGUUGAAUUAUGUAACCACUCCUUCAAAGGGCCCUCCAAUGGGAGGGUCAAAAUAUUUCCAGGAAAUUCAAUAUAUUCCAGUCAGCUUCUUGUACAGAAUAUGUUUUUACAGUGUGGAAUGAAAAUUUUGCUUCUAAAAAAAGGUAGCUCUGACUUUGUUUGAAACAACAUGUGCAAUAGCUGACUGGGAACCUGCUAGUGAUAUAAAAAAUUGCAUCAAAACAAAAAAAAAACUGCGAGUCUAUCUGUCUGUUGGUUGCAGUCGUCGUUAGUUAAGGUGUCUUAUCCUACUAGUAUGACAAAUUGGAAGUGAAAAUUUGAGGCAUCUUUACUUCCAUUUGAAUUAUAUCAUGUUUUCGUCAAAUCUGAUCUGUUCACGAUCUGUUCGUGAUCCCGAAAACAUUUGUUCAAAUUUCAUUGAGGUUUUUGUCUGUACAUGCGAAGGUUCAUCUAAUUUCUUGAUAUUUGACUUGGUGUGGGAGAAUUUGCCACAAAGAAGUGUUGAAAUUUUGUGUCCCUUACUUUGUUAGGAGUCAUGAAAAAAAGUUAAAUCUGUCACCGAAGUUCGACCAAUUAAAUGGGGGAAUCUUUUCUUUCUCACAUAUCUACAAAGCUACCAUGGCUAUGAGUUAAGCAGAUUCUGUGCUCCGUUUGCAGUUUUUCCAUAGGUUUCUUUUCUU